GGAGAAGGAAGGAAGAAGAAGGAAGGAAGGGGACAAUACGAUCAUGCUGUGCUGUAUGAGAAGAACAAAACAGGUUGAAAAAAAUGAGGAUGGGGACCAAAAGAUUGAGCAAGAUGGCAUCAAACCAGAAGAUAAAGCUCAUAAGGCAGCCACCAAAAUCCAGGCCAGCUUCCGUGGACACAUAACAAGGAAAAAGCUCAAGGGAGAGAAGAAGGCAGAUGCCCCCGCGUCCGAGUCUGAGGCCGCCGACAAGAAGGACGAAGGCCCUGCUGGCGGAGCGGCCGAGAACAAAGAGAGUGAGGCUUCCGCUGCCACAGAGGCCAGCGCCGCCGACAGUGCCCAGCUGGACGAGGGCAGCAAAGACAGCAGCGUGCCAGCAGAGGAGAAAAAAGGGAAUGGAGCCGCUGACACGGGCUCAGAGCAGCCAGCCCCGCAGGCUGCCACUCCUGCUGCCUCCUCGGAGGAAAAACCCGCUGCCGCCGCCGAGACGGAAAGUGCCACUAAAGCUUCCACUGAUAACUCGCCAUCCUUGAAGGCUGACGAAGCCCAAGACAAAGAGGAGCCUAAACAAGCCGACGUGCCUGUUGCUGACACCACUGCCACCACCACCCCUGCCGCAGAGGAUGCUACUGCCAAGGCAACAGCGCAACCCCAAAUGGAGACAGUGGAGAGCAGCCAAACCGAAGAGAAGACAGAUGCUGUAGAAGAAACCAAACCUACUGAAAGUGCCCAGCAGGAAGAGGUGAAAGAAGAAGAGAGCAAGGCGGACCAAGAAAAUGCCUGAACAUUAAGAAAUGACUCCCCGUUGCCCCUCCCUCCCUCCCCCUAUCCUCUAUCCUUCCUUCCCGUCCCGAUCUUGAUCUCCCCCCUUCCUGCUCACGUCUGUGAGCCUGUCCACCCCUCUCCCAUUCCCACUUAAACCCUUUUUCUCUCUGUGUGGCAAACAUUUAAAGAAAAAAAAAAAGAAAAAAAAAAAAAAAAGCAGGAAAAAUCCCAGUCAAACAGUGUGGCUUAAACAUUUCUUUGUUUCUUGGUGUUGUUAUGGCGAGUUUUUUGGUAAUGAUGAUCCAAUCAUUUUGGGAAAAUUCUUGCACUGUAUCAGAGUUCUUUGACCUGGCGCGUGCGUGUGUCUGUCUGCCCACCGCGAGCGCUCUCUCUCUCUCUCUCUCUCCUCUCUCUCUUCUCCAAGUGUGUGUGUGCAAUGUUCCGUUCAUCCGAGGAGUCCAGACUUACCGAGUGAGUUAAAACAAAAGCAAAGCAGGAAAAAAAGAAUAGCAAUCCUUUUCUUCCUUUUUCAAUGUGAUGGAAUGAACGAAAGAAAAACAAACAAACUUAACAAAACAAAUGAACAAACAAUAGUACUAAAUCCCAUUUUCUUUUCAGAACUAGAACAACAACAACAAAAAAUGUGCCAAUUAGCAUAAUGCUUGGCUCCAGGCUCCUUUUUCAAACUGAACAAUAAUUAUAAUAAAUGAGAAUAAUGAUCAUUAACAUCACCGUGUCGCAUUUCUAUGCUGCUGUACGUCCUGCUGGCCCCUGUGUGCAGACCACUCUUUGGUGGCCUGCGUGCUGUGUGGCCCCACUCUGCUCUCCAGCCAGUGCUUUACCAUCGGUCAGCGGCCGAGCACUCUCCUUGGCAUCACUCAGGGGAUUUUCAAGGGAAGCAGGCUUGGAUUUUGAGUGAGGCAUCAGCACUGAGCGAGGCGUUAGCUUAAGAAAAGUAGCAAAAUUGAUCUUGGAAAAGAACAAAAGAAGUGCGCCUCCAGGAGUCCUCUAAGUCCUGUUUUAGGGGAGCACAGUGACCUCAGAGGAGUGAUCCCAGGCAGCCCCUUGGGUGCCAUCUGAGGGACCAGCUUUGGUCCACGCUGAAGCUCUGAGCCCUGCCAAGGAAUGCAUAGAGGGCCAGGAAGGGCUAGGUCCCCACUGGCGCUUGCCUCGCUGAGAUGGAAAUGAAGAAGUUGUUGACUGAUGUGGCAUUGUUCUCCAAAGAUGUUCCAAUGUAUUGGGCCAGUGCAAUAAAUGCAUAGGCGUGUGGUCAGGGCAAGGUCUGGUGGUGUCAGAGCCAGCCAACAGCACUUGGAGGAAUUUUUGUCCCUUGCUGCCUGGCAAAACCUAGGUUUAGUCACCCAGCCUGGGCUUCAGCUGUCAUUUAUGGCCACCUCCUGCAGCCUGCUUUAAGCACAGCUGAGGCCGGGCUCUUCAGCUGUGCACCAUUGCGUGCACCUCCUGGCCACUGCCUCCAGAAUGCAGGAUUGUCCCCAGCCCAGUGCCCACCAGGCCUGGCCUUCCAUGGUGAAGGACAGGCAGCCCAGAGGCCAAAUGGCUGCUGGGACUGCCAAACAAAGCAGUUGGCAGGACCAGGAUUAAAUUAGCCUAGAAGUGGUAGCACCAAAAAAUAGGUCUGCUGACAGCCCCAAAGUCUGGCUAAUUCCCACUUCCUUUGUUCUCCUCCAUCUCUUUGUUGGAAAUAGGGAGAAAAGAUGAACUGUGUCUCCUCAGAGUGAAUCCCUUUGAACUGCUGACUGGACGUGCCAUCAAAAUGCGUAGGGAUUCAUUUCCAUGCGCUUCCUGGCCUUGUGUGGAAACAAGAGAGAGAGAGAGUGGGAGGACUGAAAAAAAGAGAGGGAAAGAGAGAGUGGGAGAGAGAUUGGACAGAGAUUUUUUAAAACAGGGAUUAGAGAGAGGAAGGGAAAAAAAAGACUUUAGAGUGGAUAGAUGGAUGAUAGGGAGAGAGAGGGGAGUAUAGCUAGAGUAAGAAAGGUUAGAGUGAAAAAGGUGAGAGAGAGACAGGAAGAAAUUAGGUAACAUGGAGCAAUAGGUGAUUGAUAGCGAUAGUGAAAUGUAGCUAGCUGAAGUAGAUUAGACAGACUCAAUAGGUAGAAAGAUGGGCUGACUGACAGAUAGGUAUUGUGUCAUACUUCAUAAACGAUAUAUAUGCUAAUAUUCCCAUGUCAUGAUGGGUAGUAAACCCUGAGACACCUUCCAGCCUGACCUCAACUCAGCAAAUGUAGCGCGGACAUCAGGCACUGCUUGGACCGUAUGCCAGGUCUCACAAGCCUGCGGAUGGGGUAUGGGAGGGAGAGCGCUCUGAUGGGCACGGGGCGCACCAGGAGAGGGGCAGAGUAUGUUUGCUGUUCGUAGCACACUGGGUGCCCGGCCAGGACGCUGCGGACGCUCUGUGACUCUAGCACUGCAUGGAGAGGAGCGAGGUUCAGCUCUCAGGAGUGUGGGAGAGGUGUUCAGGAGGAGGCAGGAAGGAGAAAGCAUGGCUUUUAUUUGACCUCAUCUACUGUCGUGACCAUUUAGAAGGGUUUACUUAAGGGUUGCGUGUCUGCAAGGACCGCUUGGUAUCCCUGCUCUUCUGACUUCAGACCCCAAAACCUUCCCUCUUCCCUCCAUUUUAUUAUUACUAUUUUUCACUUUAUCAGGAAAAGAAAACAACCUCUUAUGUCUUCCUGGACAUAGGCCUUCCUCCCUCCUUGAUAAACAGAAACAUUUUCUCUCCCCUGGGGAUGUUUUAUCUUUGCAUUUUGCAUGUUGCUUCCCCCUUGGCUGAUGGCUGGGGCAUCGCGUGUGUUUUGCCACCAUUUGUAAGAACAUACUUUGCCAUGUUGCUUAGAGAACAAAGGGUUGGGUUUUGUGUUUUCUUUCCCCCCCCCCACGAAGAGAACGGGGUAUGUGGUUACCAACUGCAAACCUAAAAAAAAUUGAAUACUAAUUCCUCUCCCUUGGUUCCAGCUUAAAACUUACUGGCUGUAACCAAGCACCCCCCUAUCUUUCUUAUUGUACCGUGUCCUGAUCCUGCCAGAGAGUCAGGGCAAAGGGAGCGUGAGAGAGAGCGCACAGACAAACCCUGCCUUGAGCACGAGGUGGUUUCGUGUGUAGUACACAAGAUUUGUAUAGGAAGUUGGGCUGUCUGCAGGGUACAGGAAGAGAGCAGAGAAAAGCAUUUGGAUUUCCUUGCGUUGCCUCUUCAGCCAGAUUUUAAAGGCUGAAAGGAAGCAGUUCAAAGGAUGUAGCACAGGCCGGAAACUGGAAGGAAAACAGGGGUAUGUGGGGAAUGAAUUUUCUAGCAGGGUAUCAAGUGAGCUGAGAGCAGCACAAAAGGCAGGAGGUCACAGAGGCGAAGAGGAGAGCGGGGAGUAUCCAGCAGAGUAGCUGGAGCUUUUCUACGGCUCCUAAUGCAACAACAGACAUGUAUCUGUUCCUCCUUCCCUGAAGAGUAUUUAUAUCCUGCCUGAAGGUGUCUGUGGUUGUUGCUUUGUGUAUGGAGAGGGAAGUGGAUGACAAGGUGACUCCUACAGGGAAGAUGGUGGCUGGCCUCAUGCACAGAGCUGAGUCCAGGAGGGACUUUUUUGGUGCCGCUGUAGUGAGAUGUGCUAGUGACCCACAUCUGUACUGAAUGCUCCUAACAGCUGUAGGCAGGCUCUUGACAUUUCACCUCAUCUAGAUUAAGCCUUGGAAAGCUGUAAAAAAAUCCAAAGCUAACAGCCCCCCAUCAGUGCAAUGAAUCAUUUGCUUGAAUUUGGUCUGCUUUGCAAUGCUUGUGGCAUCCACGGACUUGAUGCACUGAUAGCAUAUAAAAAACCACAACACCUGGAAGCACUGCAUCAGCCAAGAAGAUCCUCUGUGAGCCACUCUCCAAAGGGAGGGGAGUGCGUCCUGCUGGGACCCCUCCAGACCCUGUGUUUUCCAGUACCAAACCCAACACAGCCCCACGAGAGGCCUUAGCUGGAAGGAACUCAUCUACGGUGGUUACAUGAGCAGCGUCUCUAGGGGAGCGUGUUGCUGUAGAUGAAAGAAAUUACCAUAAUUUAGGAAGAAAGAAAGGACGAAAAACAUAAAAUGAGGUAGUUGGGUUUUUUUUGGUGCUCUCCACGUGGCACAUUGUAGCACAUGAGGCUUUUUGUACCAAAGGUCUGGUGUUUGUCAUAGGUGUCUUUGGAGGGAAGCAGUGAGGCUGUGGUUUGCAGAGGUGGAGAGAAGGCUCUUGUGGACCGUCUUGGCCAAGAUGUUCGAUGACCACCUGAGCUCAAAGACUUGGGGUGGCGGUGGCGGGGUCCUCUUCCAGGCCUGUGCUAGAUUCCCCACUUUUCCGCAUUGCCACAUUAGCACUUUCACUGGAUAUUUAGAGCACCUCAGGACUGGUUCUCCUCUCGCUCACACUGGGGUAACUCAGGAGUCGCUCCACUGGAAGCAGUGGUGUUAAUCUGGUGUGAAAAUAAUGCAAGAGGAGGAUUCAACUCCUCGGGGGGAGUUUUCCAGGUCCCCGAGGGGGGAAAAAAUCAAUGGGAGUUACAUGUCUAACUGCCACUUGUGCCUGUGAAAGUCUGCCCCUUACCUACCCAUAUGUAUAUAGGGUAUCAUUUUCAGAAUAACCCAAGUGACAUGGGUGCUUGAGAGUAUACAUUUCACUGGCUUUCAAAUAAACUUAAUGCUCCUAAGGCCCAGAUCCUGAAGGAUUUCCAAGCUUCUAUCUGCAGCCCAUGUCAGGGCUAAAAUUCUCAAGUCAUUUUGGAAAAAGGAGCUAAAGAUCCCAAGUCAUUUAGGUGGCCCUGAAAACACUACCCUCUAUCCAUUGUUCAGGGUGUUGAUCUCAGGUCAUGUGCGAGCCUGCAUUCUUACCUACAAUGCUUUAUUACCACAUUCCUCUGUUGAGCAAUACUCGGAAGAAAAGGUGAAGGCUGAGAUUUGCAGAACUGGAUAGUGACCGAGUGGUUCACAUCUGGAGCACCCAACUUGGAGGCUCCUUACUGGGGCACAAACUAUAGGUCCUCAAUGUACUCUGAGAGUCGAGAUUGAUGUAUUACACACCCAGAACCACCGGUCACUUCCAAAAAUCCUAGCCCGAGAUCCUGACUGCUCUCAUAAAAGAAAAUCCUAGGAUAGCCGUUCAUCCAAUAGCUUGGUUUUUCUGCUCAUGCCUGUUCCCAAUGAACAAAACACAUCCCUAUGCAUCACCUAAGCCCUAUUUUGAGGAGUUACACUGGCAUACAGCUGAAGUAACACAGUGGUAAAUCAGGGCCCGAAGAAGAAGGCUACAGCCUAGAGAGUGUAAAGAACUGUGACGUGUCUGGAAGCUAAUAAGAGCAGAACUUGACGAUUAGAGCGGCCCAUUUCCGAUGCUCUUGUGUGAGGAUCUGGAAAGAGUCUCUCACUCAUUGUACUUGUGCAUUAUGAAUGUGUCCAUCUGCAGAGAUCUAAUGUACACAUAUGUCCUGAAUAUUGUCCUAAGGUUGCAAGCUUCAAAACUGAGCAGAAAACAUUCCCGAGAAGUGAGAAUAAUACAGAUGUCUGUAUUUGAAAAAUUGGUUCAAAUAAAGUCUCUCACUUAUAGAUA